AUGGCUUCAGCGCAGUACUUUGAACGUCCUGGCCCUUCGGGCAAAGAUUGCAUAGCCGCGGGCUUCUCCAACGCCGUCAAGCUCCCUCCCAAUGCCCAACUGGUCCUUACCGCGGGCCAGGCCGGAAUCGAUCUAUCCACGGGACAAUUAGUAGAGUCAUCACCAGAGGCUCAGAUCGAAGCCUGCUUUGACUGCUGCGAUAUCGCAUUGAAAUCAGCUGGCGUCAUUGAUGGUUUGGCCUCGGCUUUUAAGAUUAUCAGCUUUCUACCUGAUCAACGAUACGACCCCCUCAUGAUGGCUAUUUGGAGGCGGCGAUAUCCCGACCACCGACCGAUCUGGAUGUCUGUGGGGUCUGGGGCUCUUGGACUUAAAGGAAUGAUUGUGGAGCUGCAGGCUGAGGCAUACGUUGUCCCUGGUCAGGUACGUUAA